CUCCCCGAUCAAUUAAAAUCCAACAUGGCGGUGGGCAACGCGGAUGUGAAUUUGGGCGUUCGGGCCUUUAGCAAGAUGCUGCUCCACUGCCUCAAGUAUCCUCAGCACGCGGUCAACGGCGUGCUCCUAGCCGACGACCGUCGCAAGCAGGCGACCAACGACGCCCAGCAGACGCCGCAGCAGCAACAGCUCAACAUCGUCGACUGCGUACCGCUGUUCCACCAGUGCCUCGGCCUAACGCCGAUGAUGGAAGUGGCGCUCGCGCAAAUCGAUCAGUACUGCAAGACAUCGGGCCUGGUCAUCGCCGGAUACUACCAAGCCAACGAGCACCUCAGGGACUCGGCGCCGGACGCCAUCGCCUACCGCGUUGCCGACAAGAUCGCCGAGAACUUCUCCGAGGCUUGCCUCAUCAUGAUCGACAACGAGUCCGUCGCCGUGCAUCUAGACAAGGCUCCGCUCGUGGUUUACGGUUCGCAGGACGGACGUUGGAGGGAACGGGUCUGUCGGCUCGCUGAGAAAACGUUGGACGUCACUUCGUCGCUGCUCAGGGGCAAAAAGUACCGGUCACUGACGGACUUCGACAACCACUUGGACGACGUUCAUCGUAGCUGGUGGAACCGCGAGAUUGACGAAGAGAUCGCCAGGUGUCUCUAGGUGUCCGUCGCGCGAGGGCGGGCGAUUCGGUCGUUUGCUUUCGGUUUCGAUGGCCCGAAUGAGAUGUAGCGGCGAAAGCUACUAUGUCGCGCGAAUUUUCCAUUCCGUUUAACGCCAAUUUCCCCCCUCAUUUGCUUUUCUGUCGAACUGUAAUAUUAGGGAAUGACUGUAUCCUAGCACUUUUUUCUUUUUCGUUGACUGUUUUUGAAAAUAUUACCAUUCUGUUUAAUAAAAUAUCCAUUGUUCUCAA